AUGUCUCAUCAAGGCUCUGUUAGCCGUCAGUCCAAAGAGGAACUCGACUUGUACGAAAUGAAAAACGCCGCUGCCGAGUUCUACCGACUGAACAGAGUCCCGCAGGAGAUAGAGAGAGCUCUGAACGAGCUGCUGCUCCAGCAGGCCGCAGACGUUCACGGCUACCUGGCAGAUUACUUUACAAACCUCUCUGCACCACCAAGGAUCAGCAGACUGAAGGGAAAGGAGGUUUAUGAUGCAAGCGGACAACUUUCUAUUGAGGCAGAGGUCUUCUGUAUCGUCUGCAACAAAGAAAAGAGCAUGUCCUCAGCUGCUGUCUCGAGCCACCUUCCACCCAUGGAGACUUCACUACACUGGAAAGCUAAGAGCCAGGAGAGAGUCGAUCAUGUGAUGACUGCUGUCCAGUGGAUCAAUGAACAGCUUAACAGCAUGCUGAAGGACCAAAACCCCUGUGACCAAUCAGAAAUUGACCAUAUACUCAGUAGUUUCUUUAUGGCUCGCUACCUGGAGGAGAAGACCUGCAGCAGGGAGAAGCUGGAGAGUUACUCACUGAGCCAGCCUGAGGUGGUGGUUCCUUCUCCAACACCGAUACAGACUAAAGAUAAGAAAAGUGCUGAUAAAGUCAAAAAGAACAACAUUGCAGAGAAGCCAUUUCUCCCAGCAGAGCUGUCAGAACCAGUUCUGCAUGGGAGCUUGGCUAUUGGCUCACUGUCGCUGGCUGUUUCCAAAACAGGGGCACAAAUACAGGGCAUCCCUCUCUACAAAUACAUAGCAGCUCUGACAAGGCGUGAGGCUCCAACACAGUUUCACAUCCCGGUCUCCUUGGUAACAUUGCUGAGCUGUGGGAAGACUUCUCCAGGAAAACUGAAUUUACUCAAGGAAGUUAUCCUAAUACCCAAAGUGGGACAACGAGUUAAACAAAUCAUCACAAUGACCCUUGAGUUACAGAAGGAGAUGAUGAGAAUAAUGAACACUACAACAAAAGCUGGGGCACUGCAGGCCAUUGUGAGUGACAGCGGAGCGCUGACUGUGAGUUCUGAGCGACCCGAGCAGCCUUUGGACCUGAUCACUGAAGCCUGCGGUAACCUUGAACUGACACUGGGAACAGAUAUCUGUUUAGCAGUGAACUGUGCUGCUCCUGAAAUAAUGGAUUACUCUAAAGGGAAAUAUGAAGUUGCAACAGGAGUCCUGAAGUGUCCAGAUGAGUUAGUGGACAUGUACCAAAGCCUCAUCUGCAAAUACCCCGCAGUGGUGGCUUUAAUCGAUCCAUUUAGAAGAGAGGACACAGACCAGUGGGAGAAGCUGAGUAAAACGACCGGAGGCUCAUGUUCGCUGAUAUCUGACAUCACGUACAAGUCAAAAGCCUCGCCCCUUCCAGGAGUCAGUGGUUUUAUCUUAAAACAUGUCAAUGAGACAACAGUCAGUGACUUGAUCUGCAUCACAUCAGAGCACAAAGGUUCAGUGCUGAUGGGAACGACAUGCAGUGAGCCCUGCAGUGACGACUCUUUGUCAGAUAUAGCUGUGGGUCUAGGCCUGGACUAUGUCAUACUGGGAGGUCUGAGCGGUGCUCAGAGGAUGCUUAAAUACAACCGGCUGAUUUCUAUAGAAGAAGAACUGGCCCAACAGGGAAUGCUGGCCUCUAAAGAGAAGCUCCCCCCUCCACUGCUCCAUGGAAAAACACAGGAGCAGUCGGCCGCUGCAGAGAGAACCGUCUGAAGGAAUACAGCUCAGAGCCUUCAAAUGUGUGUCAGUGCUACCUUAUUAGAUUAUUCUAGUGUUACCAUUCUGUUUUAUUUUAUAACUGUGGUAAAAAAAAAAAAAAAAAAAAUC